AUGAAACGAGGAUUCUCACAGUCUCCUUCCAGCUCUACUCCUCCUCCUCCUUCCUCCAGAUUCAAAUCCAACCCUCAAGGUGAGUCUGAGUUUGAUGAAGAUGAGAGCACAAAGAACUUUGCACGGAAAGUAGCUGAUCAUUACAGUCGUAGAACAAACCAAACUUUGGAAGAGAGAGAAGCUAGUCCCAUCAUCCAUUUAAAGAAACUCAACAAUUGGAUUAAAAGUGUGUUGAUUCAGCUUUAUGCUCGUCCUGACGAUGCUGUUCUUGACCUUGCCUGUGGAAAGGGUGGUGAUUUGAUUAAGUGGGAUAAGGCAAGGAUCGGGUACUAUGUUGGCAUCGAUAUAGCUGAAGGCUCGAUUGAAGAUUGUCGCACGCGUUAUAAUGGUGACGCAGACCAUAACCAACGUCGUAAGAAGUUCAGCUUUCCCUCCCGUUUAUUAUGUGGCGAUUGUUUUGAGGUAGAACUAGACAAGGUUCUUGAAGAGGAUGCCCCUUUUGAUAUCUGCAGUUGCCAGUUUGCUAUGCAUUACUCAUGGACUACUGAGGCGCGUGCACGACGGGCUUUGGCAAAUGUCUCAGCUCUUCUUCGUCCUGGAGGUGUCUUUAUCGGAACAAUGCCAGAUGCUAAUGUUAUCAUUAAAAAACUCCGACAAGCUGAAGGUUUGGAGAUUGGUAAUAGUGUAUACUGGAUUCGUUUUGGUGAAGAGUAUUCUCAAAAGAAGUUCAAAUCUAGCAGGCCCUUUGGUAUCGAAUACGUAUUUCACCUUGAGGAUGCUGUUGAUUGCCCUGAAUGGAUUGUGCCCUUUAACAUCUUCAAGUCUUUAGCCGAAGAGUAUGAUUUAGAGUUGGUGUUUGUGAAGAACUCACACGAGUUUGUCCAUGAGUAUAUGAAAAAACGAGAGUUUGAAGAACUCAUGAGAAGGCUUGGUGCUUUGGGUGAUGGUAACCAAGACCAGAGCACGUUAUCAGCUGAUGAAUGGGAUGCUGCAUAUCUAUACCUCUCUUUUGUCUUGAGGAAGAGAGGAGAAUCCGAUGGAGGUCAGAGGAGAGGAGGGAGGAGGAAGAAUGGGAAAAUGAACUUAUCUAAAGACGAUGUUUUGUAUAUUGACAACUGAUGUGUAAAAGAGUAACUUUA